UUCUGGCAAUGGAGUCGCGCAUGAGUUAGAGCAAAAAGGUUUUUGCAGUAAGGCAACAAUGGUUUGUCACCUCCCUGUCUGGAUCUUGGGUUUCGUUCAGAAGUACCGUUUUUCUUUGAUGGGGGUGUAAGUGGGGUGGGUGGUUUGAGUCUGGCUUCUGGUUUAGUUUUCUGUCUUGGGUUUGCUAUUGGAAUCUGUCCUUGGUUAUAUUGUUUCCUCACUUUUAAUGGAGAUAUUCUUUUUUAUCAAAAUAAAAGAGAAGAAGGAAAUGGAGACGCGAUUGGGAGUAAGACCAUUUUGUUUGAUCUUCUUCUUCCUCUUUUUAAGUAUUGAGUUGGUAAUUGGAGUUCAGAUCCUUGCAAAAUCAAAGCUCGAGAAGUGUGAGAGGACUUCAGACUCUGUCAGAUUGAACUGCAAUAAGAAGAUUAUUGUAAACAUGGCGGUUCCUAGUGGAUCGAGUGGGCGAGAAGCUUCAAUUGUUGCAGAAAUAGUUGAAGUGGAGGAGAACGCCACCAACAAGAUGCAAGCCUUGAGAAUACCACCUGUUGUAACAGUUAACAAGUCGGCUGCAUAUGCCCUUUAUGAGAUUACUUAUAUAAGAGAUGUUCCAUACAAACCUGAGGAGUAUUAUGUUAAGACACGCAAAUGUGAGCCAAAUGCUGGUUCCAAAGUUGUUAAAAUAUGUGAGAGGUUACGCGAUGAAAAUGGCCACAUUAUUGAGCAUACUCAGCCAAUUUGUUGUCCUUGUGGGACACGACGUCGUGUGCCUUCUUCAUGUGGGAGCUUUUUUGGUAAACUGAUGAAAGGAAAAGCCAACACUGCACAUUGUCUUCGGUUUCCAGGUGAUUGGUUCCAUGUUUUUGGUAUUGGAAGGAGAUUACUAGGCUUCAGUGUUCAUAUUAAAGUGAAGACAGGGUCUAAAAUAUCAGAGGUGGUUGUUGGUCCUGAAAAUAGAACGGUAUUAUCAAAUGAUAAUUUUCUAAGAGUCAACCUUAUUGGUGACUUUGUUGGUUAUACAAGUAUUCCAUCAUUUGAAGACUUCUACCUUGUAAUACCGAGGCAGGGUGGCCCAGGUCAACCACAAAACUUGGGUCGGAAUUUUUCUAUGUGGAUGCUAUUGGAAAGAGUGAGAUUUACAUUAGAUGGUCUUGAAUGCAAUAAAAUUGGUGUCAGUUAUGAGGCUUACAAUGGGCAGCCAAACUUUUGCGCCUCACCGUUUCGGAGUUGCUUGCAUAAUCAGUUGUGGAACUUUUGGGAAGCCGAUCAGAAUCGAGUUCGUCGGAACCAAAUGCCCCUAUAUGGUGUGGAAGGAAGGUUUGAAAGGAUAAAUGAGCAUCCAGAUGCAGGGCCACAUUCAUUCUCAAUAGGAAUCACUGAAGUUCUUAAUUCAAAUCUAUUGAUAGAACUUAGUGCUGAUGACAUAGAAUAUGUCUAUCAAAGAAGCCCUGGGAAAAUUUUAAGUGUUACUAUUCCAACUUUUGAAGCCCUCACUCAAUUUGGCAUUGCUACCAUCACUGUCAAAAACAUUGGUAAACUGGAAGCAUCAUACAGCUUAACGUUUGAUUGCUCAAAAGGUAUCACCCUCAUGGAGGAGCAAUUCUUCAUAAUGAAGCCUGAAGAGAUUGCAGUUCGCUCGUUUAAGCUGUACCCAACAACAGAUCAAGCAGCAAAAUAUAUAUGUGCAGCUAUACUAAAGGACUCUGAUUUUAAUGAAGUUGAUAGAGCAGAGUGCCAAUUCACUACUACAGCUACUGUUCUUGACAAUGGAUCUCAGAUUACUCCUUUUCAACCCCCCAAAACUGGUAUACAUGGCUUCUUUGAGUCUAUCAAAAGCAUGUGGAAGAAAAUGUGGGAUGGCAUGGGAGACUUUUUUACUGGAAGAACAUGCAGAAGGAAAUGCUCAGGAUUUUUUGAUUUCAGCUGCCACAUACAAUAUAUAUGUAUGACUUGGAUACUAAUGUUUGGUUUACUGUUGGCGAUUUUUCCCACUGUGGUUGUGCUUCUUUGGCUUUUACAUCAAAAGGGACUUUUUGACCCUAUCUACGACUGGUGGGAUGACCGAGCUAAGGCAGGGAAGCGGAGAGAUUAUUUUGAUCCGAAGUAUAGGACAGAUGUUGGUCGAUCUCAAAUUCGUCUCCACAGGUAUCAUAAGCAAGAAGGAAGGCACCAUGCUCACCAUGAGCCUCGCAAGCAUAGUCAUAUUGAAUCAGGCACUGAUUAUUAUCAUCUCUACCAUCCUCAUAAAGACAGACACAAACAUGGAGGUAAAAGUGAUCCUUACCCAAAAAGAAGCAGGGAUGGCAAUCUUUUUGGACCAUUAGCUGCAGGCUUUCUCAUUCACGCAUUUCGAUGGAAAACCGCGGGAGCACGAGGCACAAAUAAAGCCUUCUUUAAAGGUUUGUUGUGUAGCAGACCUCUUCCCUAAAUUUGAGAAGAUAGGGGUUCUAAGGAUCUGACUUCACAAUAUAUAUAUAUAUAUAGCCAACCUUCUUUUUUUUUUGGUAAAAAUAGGCAAUCUUAGGUCAUCACUGGAAUCUAAUGACUAAUGGGUUUCACCAAAUUCUUGAAUUCCCAAUAUCCAUGAUAAAUACUCCAAUAUCUAACUGAUGGUGUGCUU